UUCCUGGCAUUCAUGUCCUAAUUACAAUCACACUACUUCAUCAUCAACCACCCUCUUUGAGACUCCAGUGAGAGAGAGAGAGAGAGAGAGAGAGAGGGGUGUCAGAGAUGAUGAAGUUUCAACGUUCGAUUGUGAUCAAUCUCGUGUUACUACAGUGCCUAGCGAUCCUCGUUGCGUCGCAAAGCUUUGAUUUCUUUUACUUCGUUCAGCAGUGGCCGGGGUCGUACUGCGACACAAAGCAGUCUUGUUGCUAUCCGACCACUGGGAAGCCGGCAGCGGAUUUCGGGAUUCACGGGCUCUGGCCUAAUUACCAGGACGGCUCAUACCCUUCCAACUGCGAUCCGGACAGCCCCUUCAACCCGUCCGAGAUAUCAGACCUCAAAAGUAGCAUGCAGAGGAGCUGGCCAACACUGGCAUGCCCAAGCGGCGACGGCCAACAGUUCUGGUCGCACGAAUGGGAGAAACACGGUACCUGCUCGGAGUCUGUCCUUGAUCAACACGCUUACUUCAAAUCGACUCUCGGCCUCAAACAGAAGGUUAACCUCCUCCAAGCACUGAGAAGCUCAGGAAUAACACCAGGAGGCUCGUACAGCUUAAAGAGCAUAAAGGACGCGAUCACGGAAGCAGCAGGGUACACUCCUUGGAUCGAGUGCAACAAGGACUCGUCAGGGAAUUACCAGCUUUACCAGAUUUACCAGUGCGUCGACACUUCCGGGUCCAAACUAAUCGAAUGUCCAGUGUUUCCUAAGGGCGCAUGCUCUUCGGAGAUCGAGUUCCCUUCUUUCUAGAACUUAAAUAUGCGGUUGGUGUCGCGUCGUGUCAGGCUAUAAGCAUCUGUUGCUCUGCUUCAUUCGCAUAAUUCUCGAAACGUGACUCCAUCCAAUUCUUUCACAUGAUAUCGUCACUAGUAUAGGCCUUAAUAACAUGGCUAAUGUACGUAGCCUCUUCAGCAAAUGGCCAUGUCUACGUCGAUUUCGUUGCUUCAGACAUUGUAUCAUCUGAGCAUGCUUUAACCGAAAAGCCAGAAAGAACGUAGCGUCUCGUGAACUUUCUCAA